UUCUCCUCCCUCAGCGUCGCCGUAGGCAGGAAGUACCUCUUCUGCCAUGGAGGGCGCUGCGAGCACGCGGUAAGCUCUAGAGGGGUAGGGGGGCUGCUAACCCGACGUGACACGUCAAGUGCUCCAGAGAAGUUCCCGAGGGAGGUGUGGAGGACAAGGCCGUUUGCCCGCAGAUGUCAAACUUGUGACAAGCGGACUGCUGGGAUCGUCACAUACGCCGACAGAAUGAGCAAGGAGACCCCAGGAUUCUUCUGCCGAGAGUGCUUCAGCUCGGCUCAC